UGGUUCCGCCCGCGAGCAAGCGAGCAUCGGCACCCAUACACACUAACAAAGAGGGAAGGUGCUCGCUGUGUGUGAGAGAAGGCUGCAGGCCGUGAAUCAGCGAACAAACCCAGCAACGCGAAAAACGUCCACAAAGUUCCCCUACGUCACCAGCAAAGUCCGCAACACACACACAGCCUGCCCCGAGAGCAAGAAAAAGAAAGCCAAGGGGGAAGCGAUAGGGAGGAAAUAAACAAAGAACCCCAAUUCGCCUACUCGGACGCGAGCCUGUAUCUGUUGCGGCAAGCCAUGAGCCUUCUGGCGAGAACCGAUAUAGACGCUGGAGGGUUUUUCGUCAACUUCAAUCAGGAUUGCUCGUCGUUAGCGGUUGGGUCCAAAAAUGGGUACAGUUUGUUUUCGCUCAACUCGGUCGACUCGAACCUGGACCAGAUCUACACCAGCCUGGCGGAGGACAUCUGUCUGGUGGAGCGGCUUUUUAGCAGCUCGCUCGUUGCGGUCGUUUCGCUAAAUGCUCCCCGGAAGCUAAAGGUGUGCCACUUUAAGAAGGGCACGGAAAUAUGCAACUACUCCUACUCGAACACGAUCCUGGCGGUGAAGCUGAACCGCUCCCGGCUGGUCGUCUGCCUGGAGGAGAGCCUCUACAUACACAACAUCCGCGACAUGAAGGUGGUGCACACGAUACGCGACACGCCGCCGAACAAGACGGGCCUGUGUGCGCUCGCGUCCGACUCGGACCACUGCUACCUGGCCUACCCGGGCAGCGCGACCGUCGGCGAGGUGCAGAUCUUUGACGCGGUCAAUCUGCACGCGAAAAUCAUGAUCCCGGCGCACGAUUCCCCGCUCGCCGCGAUCGCGUUCAGCCAGAUCGGGACGGAGAUAGCGACGGCCAGCGAGAAGGGCACCGUCAUACGCGUGUUUUCCGUGAGCGACGGCUCGAAGCUGUUCGAGUUCCGGCGGGGCGUGAAGCGGUGCGUCUCGAUAGCGUCGCUCGCGUUCAGCACCUGCUCGAAGUAUCUGUGCUGCAGCUCGAACACGGAGACAGUGCACGUGUUCAAGCUGGAGCGCGUGUCGCCGGAAACGAACGAUGAGCAGGGCGCAGGGGAGGCGUGGUACGGCAAGAUUAGCAAAGCGUUCACCAACUAUCUGCCGCUGCCGACGCAGGUGACGGACGUGUUUUCCCAGGGGCGUGCGUUUGCGGCCGCCCUGCUGCCCGUGCCCGGGCUGCGACAUUCCUGUGUCAUAACAACGAUUCAGAAGGCGCUAAGAAUGUUGGUCGCUUCCCAGGAUGGAUAUCUGUACGUCUACCAAAUACCGACGGAGGGGGGCGAAUGUCAGCUGAUAAAGAAGCACGAUCUCAGAAAUAUCGAACUCCCACCGAACCCACCGAGAACGGAAUCAGUGCCAAUUGGUGUACCGACGGUGGUGCCGUCCGGUGGCUCCAGCUAUGCGGCCACCGUCCGCGGUACGGCAGGCAGUAGCGCCGGUAGUGGUGGUGGCGGUGUUGCCGGUUCCGCCGAAGACGACCAACAUGACCAGCAAAAGCAGUAAUAGUUUGACCCAGCCGAGACGUUACAUUGCGACGGUGUAACCAGCACGAUCACGGAUCACGCAUCAUCCGGAAGCUCUCUUCAUGUUCACAACCCCGCUGGCUGCAUCACUUUCAUGUGGCUUUGUCGUUGCAGCAGCAGCAGCAGCAGCAGACGAUGGAGAUAUGUCGCCGGCGUCUCACCAUGCGUUUGAUGAUGUCCAUCUGCUCCCGUUCGGUACAUGCUAAAAGCAAACGUUUCCCCGGGGUAAGAAUGUAUGCAUCAUGCAACAAGAAGCAACAACAACAUACAACACUAAAUGAUAACACUUGUAAAAAAAAGGGAUGUGGUGUAGUAGCCAACAUCCACAACACACCCCGGCUGUGCGGGCGAUUCGAAGGCUGUAAGUGUGCUUACUCUCCCCGGUGGGCGCGUGUGCUCCUCCUGCUUCACAAGCCUGCGGGAGAGAAAUGUAGCAUCAAUGUGAUAGAAAGCUGCACACAAAAUCACACCCGUGUGAAGGGAGAGAAAACAGUUUGAACUUUGCACUUUGCUAUUGGAUCUGUUCCAUUCGAAAGCUUACAAUUCGUAAACGACUUUCCCUCUUCUAACACGUGCAAGCAUCUCCGAGAGGUUAACAUUACAGUUUCCCCUUGUGCAGAUGGUAAUUGCAAAUUGCAUGAAACGUUCAACCCAGUAGAUGUUAAAUGCAAUACAUAUACACACCGAAACACACAUACUUAUAUAUCGCUAAUGUGGGACCCUUACUCAGAUGAUUAAAACUAAUCCCGUUUUACACUAGUGAGCUUCGUUUUCCAAUGCAUCCCGUUGCAUCGCUAGUACCACAUACACACAGAGCCAGAUUUCUUUUGCGUUGUGCUGGGAGAAGGGUAUGUACGUAGUGCAAGAAACAGUUAAACUUUAUCAUUUCGUUCGAUGUAGUGUAGCAUAGCUGGAAAAGAAGGUGUAUAAAAAAAAUACGGGAGUUUCCGAAGGAGGCGAAAAACGAGUGACGAUAGAAGAUAGGAGAAAAGAGAGAGAGAGAGGUAAGGAAAAUACACUGAAAACUGUGUGCUUCGUGUUGUUUGGAGGCUGUAAAAUGGGGAAAAAAAUAAGAUAAAAAAGUAUAUUUGAUCGUAAGGGCUUAAUCGGUUAGCAGUAUGUCAAUGGGAACGAAAGUGCAGCGAGUGGAGAGGGUGAUGUUUUCCGGGCUUAACAAGGCUGGAAAUGAAACAAAAAAAAAAAGGUAGAGCCACGGGCAGGGGGACACUCGGAACACCAGAGAAGGCGAGAAGUCGGUUAAUUAAACUUCUAGAAUCGUAGAGUUUCAUCCAUACACUUGAAACACUCUCCCGAAACAAAAACAAAAACAACGUUCUCCGCUGCGCUGAACCCUUGUCGCGGUGGGGUAGAUGAUCAGUUUUUCUAGACCCGUUGAUGGUACUGAAUUUAACUUGAUUUAUCGAUAGUGUGUAAGCAAAUCAGCCACAGCAAAAAAAACAAUUGAUCAAUAAAAAAAGAAAAAAAAAAACAAAAAAAAACUUUCGAACAAAAACGAAA